AUUCAAAAGCCAUCUGAAUACCCAGUGAGGUCAGCUGCUGAGAAGCUGCUGAAUGUAAAGCCUGCUUCUGUCUAUUCUACUUCUAUAUGUGCCCACGGACAAACACGUAUAACGCAAACAUUCUCAAUGCAAACACUCUCAACGCAAACACUCAUAAUGCAAACACGCUUAAUAUAAAAACGCUCAACGCAAAUUCCCUCACCUCAGAUUUAAAUCCUGAAUUGAUCACAUACAUUUCUGAAUCUAACUUGUGGUGUGGCCUAGAGAUUGGCAAUAUCCACCCAUCGGCAAAACUCACCCUACAUCCCAAGUGAGUUGUUAAUAUCAUCAUGCCAGACGAAAAUGAGGAUUCAAGGCCUUCUGCCCCUCCUGAAUACGACGUAUUCGAUCCCCGCGAGGCUUUCACGUUGCUCACCUCCCCAAGAAGCGACGAGCGCACCGGCUCCCUCGAGCGCGACCUUGAAUCGGAUCCCAUACCUAUCAUUAGAAGAUUCUAUCCUCCCCUUCCCACUGACACGCCUACUAUACUUUUCAACCCCGCUCACCGUUUCAUCCGCCGCACUAACCCUCGCGAGAUACUGAUUUACACCGAUGGUUCCUGUCUAUCCAAUGGUCUCGGCGGGUCUCGCGCCGGCUGUAGUUUCGUCAUCUCCCCUCACCACAAAUUGGGUUUCAGACUCGAAAACUCUGGGCCAACCGGGGAGCUCCAUCCCCAAACCAGCAAUCGCGCCGAACUGCGUGCCGUGGUUGCUGCUCUCGAAUAUCGCGUCUGGCAAGGCGAUAGCUUCGGGGCCUGGGUUCGUCUCAUCAUCGCUACCGACUCUGAAUACGUGGUCCUUGGCGCCACUGAGCGAAUCAAUGGUUGGAUUCAGCGAGGCUGGCGUACCAGUACGGGAACUGAGGUUAUGAAUCAGGAUUUAUGGAAGCGUUUGAUAUAUUACAUCAAGAAAGCGGCUCGGCCUUUGAGGUUUUCGGGACCUCCUCAUGGGACUGCGGUGGAAUUCUGGAAGAUUCCGAGGGAGUGGAAUGGGGAGGCGGACGCCGAGGCGAAGAGAGGAGCUCAGUUGGAGGGGGAGCAGGAGUUUCGGGUGAUGAGUGGGAUGAUGGUUUGAUCUUUUGUGGACGAGAAUUAGACACUGCAUAUCGGUGGUGUGAUGACUACCAUCUAUUUCAAUAUUUCACAAUUAAACAUCUAAGUGCGAA